CAGACUUAAACUAUUCGGUUUAUUUUGCGCGUUUGUUUCACCGAACUUCAAGUUUGCAGCGAACAAGAAAAAAAAAAAAAUAAAAAAAAGAGAGAGAGAAUGGCACUUAAAAGCUCUACAACAGCAGAGGCAGAAAACACUUACUUAACAAAGACGAACACGAAUGGAAGACAUCAAGAACGCCCACCGCUUCAGAUAGUUUGGCUGAAUGUUUACCUGAUAACGAGCUUGCAUGGAAUGGCCCUGUACGGGAUUUACAUCCUCCCUUGGACAAAACCGUGGACAUGGCUUUGGACGGGGCUCUGUUUUAUUUUAGGAGGUAUGGGAGUUACUGUUGGAGCGCAUAGAUUGUGGACACACCGCUCAUUCAAGGCAACUCGGUCUCUUAGAUUAUUCCUGAUGUUAAUGAAUUGCAUGACCGCCCAGAAUGACAUUUUUCAAUGGGUAAGAGACCAUCGUGUUCACCAUAAGUAUUCUGAGACCGAUGCCGACCCACACAAUGCUGAGAGAGGUUUCUUUUUCUCGCACGUCGGUUGGCUGAUGGUUAGAAAACAUCCUGAUGUCAUAACGAAGGGAAAACAGAUCGAUAUGAGCGAUCUGUACGCCGACGAUAUCGUUAUGUUUCAGAGAAGGCACUACAAGCUUCUCGUCAUUAUCUUCAACAUAAUCUUUCCAACUCUGAUUCCUUGGUACAUCUGGGAUGAAACGAUAUGGAACUCUUUUUUCGUUUGUUUUGCGUUUCGUUACGCGUAUGUGCUCAAUGUGACAUGGAGCGUGAACAGUUUCGCCCAUAUGUGGGGAUCACGACCUUACGACGAAGCCAUAAGCCCGUCGCAAAACCUUGCUGUUAAUUUAGGGACACUUGGCGAAGGCUCUCACAACUUUCAUCAUUGUUUUCCCCAAGACUACGCCACAUCUGAACUGAAUACUUACAUCAACGUGUCUAAAUUUCUUAUAGAUUGUUUCGCUCUAGUCGGGCUGGCUUAUGACUUAAAGACAACUUCUAAGGAAGCUGUGUUACAGCGAAGGAGGCGAACGGGAGAUUUAAGAAGCCAAAACCAGUAGAGGGGAGUGAGCAAUUACAAGAGAAAAUAAUGAGACCUUGUUCUUUUUUUCUCUUGAUAUUUAGUAAUUAAUGAAUUUCAUGAAUGAGAUGAGUUUUUGUUUGAGUGACAGUUUUAAACCUAUUUGAAAGUGUUAGCACCCUAGUUCUUUCAUCUGUUGUAGCUGGGUAUGAAAAGAUGAAGACAUUUCUCCCCCAUCCCCUCCCAUACGAAUUUUGAAAGCAUCAGUGCUGCUAGCAAAUCACAUUGUGCCUGGGAGAGAAGGGGGGUGUGGGGGGGGGGAGUAAUUAAAGUACCAAGGAAAACAAUAUAAACCCAUGUGUAAUUUAUGUAAUACAGUUUCCAUGUAUGGUGAUAAUUUAUUAAGUAUUUGGAUUUUUUGCAAAGUUGUCUUGAGGACUUUUGGCCGGGUUAACUUAAAGUUACACCCUUCAUUAUCAAAAAGGAGAGGUGACUGAACUUUGUCGAGAAUUAAUUUGGCAUGUUCUUUGUACCAGUUCUGUUACAUAUUGUUGCAAAAAGCAUAUUUUACACCCAUAUUAUAUCAGUUUGCACUAAACCAAACCAUCAAAUAGUGAUUCAUGAACUCUUCACACAACUGAGCCUUUAUCAAAUCGUGCUACAGCAUGAAAUAAUUUUGUUUCAUCAACUGACUUUAUAAAGUGAAUUGGUCACCUUAGAGAGUCUGUAAAACUGACCUUUCAAACGUCAGCCCUUCGUUAGAGCUAAACUGGGAUAAUCCCUUUUGCGACACGAACCAUUAACCCGGUUAACAUUUAAAGACCAGCAUGAGAAGUUUGGGUACAAUCUGACUCAUUACAAAAGAAACCAAUACAGCCACUUUGACAAUAAAAAGGUUGUAUUUUUUGUUUUCAGUUCACUCCUACUUAAAUGGUAUAUAUGUCCCCGUAAUAUUGAUUUUACUGCUAUCAGUUCUAAAACUAAGUUGAUUUUAUAAUCAUAUAAACACUGCUUAUUUGUGGUGCACUAAUAUCAUCCAAAUAAAAUGAAUUUUUUACAUAAUUUUAAAUCUAUUGGUUAAGAAUACCCGCUUAAAAUCUCGAAAACUAAAGUUGAUUAUCAGCUUUCCAGCACGCCGCUGUUUUUACCAUAAAAUUUAUCUUUACGUGACAACCAAUACAGCCCUUGCGUGACUAAUUAAAAAUUACACUGCGUGACAUAACGCUUGCCCUCUGCAAUAUCAAAAUCUGCUCGCAAAUGGCAUUUACAGAUAAAUACAGUUACAUUAUAAAUCCAUUAGAGAUGCAUCUUUGUUGCAAUAAGGUAGGCGCUAUACAGGAUGUCUCGUCAGUACGAUUACUCUGCCACACUAAAAAAAA